GCACUCCCAUCUCUCAGAUCAGAGACGUCCAAUUCAACUCUUCAGUGAACUAAUUCCAGCGAAAAUUCUCCGCUACGUCCGCCGAGCCCAUCGAUCGGCUAAAGAUUUGACAUGGAAGGGAACUCUGGCGGAGGAGCGGCCACGGGAGGAGGAGGGGGAGGGAGCGAUGUGGAGUUGGUGAGCAAGACGUUGCAAGUGGAGCACAAGCUGUUCUAUUUCGAUCUCAAGGAGAAUCCUCGCGGAAGGUACCUCAAGAUAUCUGAGAAGACGUCGGCGACAAGGUCAACCAUCAUCGUUCCUUCUUCAGGCAUACCCUGGUUCCUCGAUCUCUUCAAUUACUACGUCAAUUCCGAGGAGCAUGAGCUUUUCAGCAAAGAGUUACAGCUCGAUUCCAAGGUGUUUUACUUUGACAUCGGUGAUAACAGGAGGGGGAGGUUCUUGAAGGUGUCAGAAGCAUCUGUUAGUAGAAACCGAAGCACCAUUAUUGUUCCCGCUGGAAGCUCCCCUGAUGAAGGGUGGGCAGCUUUCAGGAACAUAUUGGCUGAGAUACAUGAAGCAUCAGGGCUUUUCACGAUGCCAAAUCAGAAACCUUCUGAUGGACAGGAACACCUGGUUGGACUUUCUGAUGAUGUUGGCGCGGGAUUUAUACCUGGCCAUGGUAACCAACCGGCAUCUUCUUCUUCAGAGCUUACUGUGGAUCGAGCUACUGACUUGCCUGGCCAGGAUGAAACCGGAUUGACGGGUGUUUCUAAAGUAAUCAGAGCUGAUCAGAAACGGUUCUUCUUUGAUCUUGGGAACAACAACAGGGGCCAUUUCCUCAGGAUCUCCGAGGUGGCGGGUUCUGACAGGUCGUCGAUCAUUCUACCGUUAUCUGGUCUAAGGCAGUUUCAUGAAGUGAUUGGUCACUUUGUGGAGAUCACCAAAGAUAAGAUUGAUGGGAUGACAGGUGCAAAUGUCAGGACUAUUGAUCCUCCUCAUAGAUGAGCACUUGAUUCUUCUAGGGGAUGGGGGAAUUAAAUGGAAUCCAUUCCAAAUUUUCAAUCCUCUUGAAUCUCAGCGACUUCCCUAGUAGCUGUCUGAUCACCUGUGUGCAAUAGUUUCAAGUAAUUUAUCUCCCCAUUCACAUCAUCUAAAAAUAAUUCAGCAGGAUCAUCAUUUGGCUUUAGUAGCAGAUUAAAAAAAGUUUGGAGUCUGCAACUGGAAAUAAGCUGAAGCCAUCUACCAUUUGCAUCUAUCCCUCCCUCUCUCCUUCCCCCCACUCUUCCCAUUUGGUUAUGUUUUGUUUUAACUUGUUUUUUUGUUAUCAGUUUGGGUCAUUGGUUGUAUAUCUGUUGACAGCUUUGCAUUUCAGUUGUAAAAGAACAUUGGGUUUGGGCUAAUGCCAGUGUGUAAUAAUAAUCAAUAAAUAAUUGAUGUCCCA